AUGCCUUUCUCCUUUCUUCGCCGCUCGUCGUCCCAGGCGUCGAGCAUCGACGACGACUCCAUCAGCUCAGAUGAUAUCACCUCCCCGCCCUCCAUCGCCGCCAUCUACAACCACGCCGACGCCUACGAGAAAGUCCUGUCCAGCCACCCCUACACAGUCGACACCACAGGCUCAGAUCCAGAAAAUCCAGCAGAGGAUGCCGUCUGCGGCUAUACCCGCCUAGUCGCCCACGACCUCACCCCUGACGAGCAGGCCGAUGUCGACAAGGCAAGAAAGCUGUCCGUGUCUGGCACGACCUGGACGCCAGGCGGCGAGCUCACAGAGGAACCAGAGUCCUCUUCCGACGAUUUUUCGGAUAAAACAGCCAUCAAUGUCGAGCGCUCCCCUAUCCCCGCCUUUCACCGCACCGCGACCACCGAUAACGACGCGUGGAAACUCGAGCCCGCAGAGAUUGUCCGCCUCCUGGUCGCUGAAUUCGGGCCUCUUGCUGCGGAUGGCGAAAAGCCAGAGAAACUCAUCUUCGAGGCAGAUGGGUGCAUGUUCAAUGGUGUCGUCAUCGUCGGCGUCCUGCACGUGACAACUCAUCGACUCGCCUUCCACGCCUCUCUCCUUCCCUCCGAGGAACCCGGCCAUACUGGACAGAAGGUCAUCAAGGCCGGCUCUGUUACCAUACAUCGUAAGGGAUGGCGCGCCAAAAGACGCCUCUGGAUCGAAUUGUCUGCAGACAUGAUGACCACCUGCGCCUCCAGCAGUGAGGAGGACCGAAUUCGUCCUCUGCGCACCGUCCUCCUGUCAAAUGUCAAGGACGUUCUACCGCAUGAUCCAGAUGAUCCUUGCUCAAUCCACAUCGUUUUUGAUCAUUUAAGUGAUGAUUCUUAUGAUUACGCCGAGUUCGAUACUCCAGAGGCGGCGCAAGACUGGAGGCGGGAGAUAUUAGGCGCCGUCUUCCUCUUUCGCCAUCGACGACGCGAAAUCAUGGAUGCUACGACGACCGACUCGGGCAUCAGGCUCAGCUGUCCUCUUGCUCGUAUCACAAAGUUCAUUUCUCGCCGAACGGAUACCCCCGCUUUCCAUUUUUCUACUAUACACGUCCAGUGCACUGAGACGUGCGGUCAAGACAUCGACGACCACGCCUUCCAUCUCUGCCCUAUCAUGCAGAUCCCUGCAUGGAAACGAAUGGACGAAUUUAUAGCUACAGCCAAAGCCCGGCACCCAGAUCUUUCGGCAACCAACGCUAUUGUCGCCGACUUUGGCCCAUUGUCUAUGAUGGAGGCUGAGGCACCACAUGCGUCUGCAGACCAUAAGGAGCGGACCAUACGGACUGCGUUGGGUCUCGAUGGCGAAGCAGAGUUAUGGAUCGCUCGUGCGCGUAUCUUCAGAAGCAUCUCGUCUUCUGGCUACUUUACAAUUUCCUCCAACUACGUCUCCUUCUGGAGCAAGCAGUUCGCGAGUGGCGAUAUCCGUUAUCGUCUACCUAUUGUAAAGAUAAAAAAUGCAAAGACCUUCCGCACCUACCCCAUCCGACUCUUUGGCUUGAGACUCGAGCUGAACGGCCAGCCUGAUCUCAAAUUCCAGUUCAAAACCACCGAACUUCGUGAUGAAGCGAUGAGGCGUAUUAAUACCCUCAUUGCGACGCGGACUGAGCAUCUACGUAGCCCUCCCUCGCCUGGCAAACCCAGCAUGAUCGACAUUUUCUCCCCGCCUGCGCGUACGGUAGCUGUAGCCAAGGCGACAGAGAUUCCCUUCGAGUUGCGAGUGCAGAUGCCCAAAGUCAUCAACCUUGAAAGGGAGAUUGUCAACGCGCGACCGAGGCUUCACUUUGUCUGUCUUACGAUUGGGAGUCGGGGCGACGUCCAGCCGUACAUUGCCCUCGGGCUGGGAUUGAUGAAGGAGAACCAUCGGGUCACGAUUGUUACGCAUGAAGAGUACAAGGAGUGGAUUGAGGGCUUUGGGAUUGAGCACCGGCAGGCUGGAGGUGACCCAGGUGCGUUGAUGAAGUUGAGCGUUGAAAACAAAAUGUUCUCUCCCGAGUUCUUCAAAGAGAGUUUGGCGCAUUUCCGCCCUUGGCUCGACCAAUUGCUUCUCGAUUCAUGGGAAUCGUGUCAAGGUGCUGAUGUACUGCUUGAGAGCCCUUCUGCGAUGGCUGGAGUCCACAUCGCCGAGGCACUCAAUAUCCCUUACUUCCGAACAUUCACGAUGCCAUGGACAAAAACUGCCGAGUUCCCUCAUGCUUUCCUAUCCCCUCCAGUGGAAUAUUCUACCUUCAACAGCGCUUCGUAUACAUACGUGUCUAGCAAUGUGAUGUGGACUGCAACAUCGAGGCAGAUUAACAAGUGGCGGCGACAUACGCUGAAGCUCGGUAACACUGACAUGGGUCACCUGGCCCAAUCCAAGAUACCGUUCAUCUACAAUUUCUCAGCUGCUGUUGUGCCCAAGCCCCUUGAUUGGAGCGACACUAUAUGCGUAUCUGGCUAUUGGUUCCUCGACAACCCAGAUCUCAACUGGGAACCUCCAGCAGAUCUCCUCACGUGGAUGGACAAGGCCAGGGCUGACGGGAAGCCCAUCGUCUACAUUGGCUUUGGCAGCAUAACGGUCCCACACCCAAAUCGCGUCACCAUGCGCAUCAUCAAGGCUGUACUAAAGAGCGACGUCCGGGCCAUCAUAUCGAAAGGCUGGUCAGCACGGAUGAGCCAAGCAGGGGAAGACUCUGCUGAGCCGGAAAUUCCACCCGAGUGCUACCAGCUUGACAAGAUACCACAUGACUGGCUAUUCUCAAAAAUUGACGCCGCGUUGCACCAUGGUGGAGCGGGGACGACUGGGGCUAGUCUCCGAGCCGGUAUACCCACGUUGAUUAAACCGUGGUUUGGAGACCAAUUCUUUUGGGCGUCCCGUGUGCAGAAGCUCGGUGCUGGAUUGAGAGUUCCGAGUCUGAGGGUGCAUGAUCUUGCCGAGGCGCUCACGAAGGCUACCACGAGCCGGAUCAUGAAGGAGAAGGCAACGGCUGUUGGGGAGAAGAUUCGCUCGGAGGAUGGAGUGAGGACGGCUAUUCAUACGCUAUACACCUAUCUCCCCCGAGCGAGUCGGGAACAGAAGACGCUCAAGACGAAACAGUCUUCCAGAUGCCACCGCGUCGAGUCCAUCCGCCGGAAGACUUCGUUGCUCAUCAGUUAGGACGCGAAUG